ACUGGAUAUUUGUCCCGCCGUUUGCGUGGAUAUCCCGAUAUAUUGACAAUUCUUCAGCUUCUUCACCUCUCACAACGUCUACACACGUCUACAACCCCCCGUUAUCUUCUUCAGUUAACACUCACUGUCGCUGCCAAUAAUAACAGCUCUCGAAGAAUGAACCACUGACGAUAAUGCCAUCCUAAGCUUUCUCCAACCCUCCCAGCUUUCUCAGCUCGCUUCAAUCCCCCCCCUUGACUGUCGCAAUGCCGCACUCGACAUCCCCUCCACUACAAUUACGGCGAGAGAGGUCCUUGAGCCACGCCAUCGCACCCAAACCUGUUGCUGAGGUGCGUAUAUCGAUGGAGAAGUUUCCCGACAUGGACCCUUCGUUUCUCGGGGGACAGGAUGACCAAAUCCCUGAGCCGCCGAGAGCGAAUGGGACACUCAAUGGGGUAACACCAUCGCCCUUCGAAAGGUGGCAGACACGCAGAGAACCCAUACCGCCGAGCUGGACUGGCAAGGCGGCAUAUCAUCCCACGGGGAGAGUACACGGCAGACAGAAGAGCUUGACAGACGCCUUCAGAACUAUCCGCUCGAGGAAGGGCAGCGUUACUGCAAAUGCCCACGAGAUUGCGGGCGCUCUGAAGGCGCCCGUGUCACCAAAGCUCAUUGUAGGCCUCCAAUUGCUAUCCCCAGACCUUGCUGUACGCUGAUAAUCGUAGACACUCUGCAUAGUUUGGUACUUCUCCUCUGCCCUGACGAACACCUCCUCAAAGACCAUCUUGAUGGCCUUCCCGAAACCCGCGACCCUCACACUAAUACAAUUCGGUUUCGUCUCGUCGUAUUGCCUCCUUUUCUCGGCGCUGGCCGACAGCUUCCCCGCCAUGAAGAAUACCAUCCCCGCUCUCAGGUUUGGCAUCAGACCACCGACUCGCGACGUCAUCGUCACCACAUUGCCGCUCGCACUCUUCCAAAUCGGCGGACAUCUCCUCUCCUCCUCCGCUACACAACGAAUCCCCGUCUCGCUCGUACAUACCAUUAAGGGCCUCUCACCCCUAUUUACCGUGUUUGCAUACCGUAUCGUCUUCGAUAUCCGAUACCCCCUUACCACAUACCUCUCUCUCAUCCCGCUCACCCUGGGUGUGAUGCUCGCCUGCUCUGCCUCCUUUAAGGGCAACUUCAUCGGCAUACUCUACGCUUUCUUAGCGGCUAUAAUAUUUGUCACGCAGAACAUAUUUUCGAAACGCCUCUUCAACGAGGCCGCCAAGGCCGAAGCAGACGGCCAGCACCAGCAGUCGCGGCGGCUGGAUAAACUAAAUCUACUAUGCUACUCGUCAGGGCUAGCCUUUCUCCUUACAGCGCCGCUAUGGCUGUUCUCGGAGGGAUUCUCUCUCAUCUCUGACUUCCUGCACGACGGAGCGCUCGACCUGGAAAACACCUCGUCGCCUGCCGCUUUAGACCACGGCCGUCUCACACUAGAGUUCAUCUUCAACGGCACCUUUCACUUUGGGCAGAACAUCAUCGCCUUCGUCCUACUAUCUAUGGUCUCACCAGUGACCUACUCCGUAGCCUCGCUAAUCAAGCGUGUCUUCGUCGUUGUCAUCGCCAUUAUCUGGUUCCAAAACGCCACAACCCCCAUCCAAGGCUUUGGCAUCGCCCUCACAUUCUUUGGGCUAUACCUGUACGACCGCACCGGACACAGCAACAAAGCUGACCGCAAAGCGCGACUGCUGGAUAUCAAGGAGGAGGCGCUACUGCCGAUCCGUGAGCUGAGCGGGGAUGUCGAGGCCGCUGCAUCGGUGGAGCCGCAGUCGGUGUCGAGCGCGAGUAAUCCGUAUGUGAACGGGUAUAAAGUCACGCUGGAAGGAAACCGGUUGCGCAGCGAUAGCGAGAGCGUGAGAGGGGGGCCUGGGGGAGCGGGGCCGCCAUGGGUUCCGCCUGUAACGAGGCCAGAGGAGCGGUGGCCGAGGCAGGAUGUGAAGGCCUUGUGAGGGUGGGCAUGGAUUAUGGUUAUAUGAUGAGCAUGGGAGGGGUUUAUAGAUGGCGUUCUUUGGAUCUGGAUCUGGGUGUGCUGCACUGUACACUGUACGUACAUAGAGAGUAUGAGUGGAGCAGGAGCAGGAGCAGGAGUAGGGUAGGGGGGGGAUGGACGAGGACUGCCUGUCUGUCUGUGUAUAGAUUGAUGUAAUACCUCAGUUUGAUAGACUGGCGUGCGGGGGCUAGUGUAUGUGUGACUCCAAUUCCUGUGCACGGUUUAUAUAUUGUUUAUUAUAGAUAUACAUGUAACGUACAU